AUGCCAGCCAUCAACUUCCCCCGAUCGGCUACGGCCCUGUCACACAAAACCAUCGGCAAGCGCAGUUGGGCUGGUGAAGAGCCCGGUGUGAUUCUGGAUUUUGUCGUGGUCUUCAUCGUGCUCUGCGGGAUUUUGGGCCUCAUCAUUCAGAAAGCAUGGCGGAACCACUUCUUGAAAAGCUCAACACAUGGCGGCCAUGUGCGACGUACGCUCCACGUGCGCAAGCCCCUCGAGACCCUGAACCCGGAAAACCCCUUAAUUGACUUUGGCCAAGCCAGGAUUUUCAUGUAG